UGAUUAAUACACAAAGCGAAAUAAAACUCGACAGGCAGUGGACAUCCUGCCGCAAGGAUUGUAUUUCCUCUCAAUUCAGUUUUAGGUGAUCGUGAGGAACGCGUUGCCAUCAACCGCAACAGAAGAUCAAUCAUUUGUGCGGUUUAAACUCAUAAACCUUUUGCGUUGGAACGUCGAAUUUGGAGAUUUAAUCGACUUUGGUGCUAUCGCUUUGGGACGCAUUCUACACAUCGCCUCAUUAUCGCGCAGCUGUACGCGUUGGAGAUGCGCGAAUGUUUUUAAGGACUGGCUGGGCAAUAAGUGUGAAACCGCUCGUGAGUAAACGACAAAUGCGUGCAUGAAACGUUAAUGAUAGAUGUAAUUAUUUUACAUUGAGAGAUCAGUCUUCAGAAAUAAUGGAAUGAAGGCGCAAAGAAGUAGUGUGUUAUGAAAAAACAAAAUAUUGUGUUGAACGGACUUUGCAAUGAGUUGAAAUGCAUCAUGCGUGGGAAAUUUAAUUCCAUGUCUUACGAUGCAUAAUGAUGAGCAAUAUUAAUGGCUUGAAUGAAGAGAUCUUGGUUUUGUAAUGAGGGUGCGAAGAAGAGAGAAGGGGGAACUGGGUUGUUCUGAAAGACAUGCGCACACCUCCCAGAAGCUAAUUUAGUAUUGCAGUGGAUUUAUCAGAAGAACUUUGGUCUCUCUCUCUCUCUCUCUCUCUCUCUCUCUCUCUCUCUCUACCUUUCCAUCUCAGUCGCCCCUGGAAUAGAAUGACUCCUGACGAAAAUGUCUCCCAAACACUUCAGUCUGAAAUAUGAGUCAUGAAUAGACGGCCAGAAAACAGCUGCAGUACUUCAACUCCACAUUUGAAAGAGAAACGGAAGAGGAUGCACGCCAGAGAAAUGGACGAAAAGGAAAUCGGCUUUUCCUGUGUAAUGGAUAUUUGCUGACUUGGCUUUUUGCGGUGCAUUCUUACCUUGGACUUGAGGUGCUGGGAAUGUUCUAUAAUGACUCUGUCAAAUAAUUUUUUGUUCACUUGCAUUAACUAAUGAGAUUAAUGAAUGGCUAAAUGACUGAAGUUCAUUUCCGCAAACUGGCUUUGAUCUCGAUUCCAUGAUUCCUUGGUGGCAGUGGAAAAAUUGCACAUUUGACAGAAGAGUAGCAAUGCACACAUAAACACUAACACACUCACACCAAUCGUAAACAAACAAACAAAUCCACUUGUUAACAUUGUCAUCAUCUCUUGAAUGUGAAUACAAAUUCCCAAUAUGGAAUUUCCUCAUCGCUUUCCAGUACUGUGAUUUCCAAAGCUGAAUUUAACUUUGGGGAAUCUCCAAUUAAAACCACUGACUAUUUUACUCUGGUAACUCAACUCUAACUCGCAACACAUUUCCAUCUCUCCCCCCCACCCGCUCCACGUGGGGGGGAGAGCUUCCUCUUUUGGGGUGAUCCCAGAAGCUUGUCCCGGCUGACGGUGACUGUCACACAAGUGUCCAUCAGCAUGGAUGCUGGGCAGGGCAGCCCAGAGAGCCCUAACCGGGCAGUGGAGUACCUACUGGAGCUUAACAACAUCAUCGAGAGCCAACAGAAGCUUCUGGAAACUCAACGGCGGCGCAUUGAGGAGCUUGAAGUGCAGCUGGACCGGCUCAGCCAGGAGAACAAAGAUCUGAGGUUGGACCGUAAGCCCUGCCCGCCCCCACCUCCACCUCCCAUCCACCCGGUCCAGCCACCCACUUCCAACGCUGCAACCUCCACCAACAUAUACGCCAAUCUGAGCCACAACAGCAGGCCCAUCCCGAUACCCAUCCCGGCCCCGGCUCCCCCACCCCCACCUCCACCCGUGCCACCACGGGACCGGCGCGUCAAUGCCAACACGCACACAAGGCUCGGCCAAAGCCUGUCAGCUGGAGCCAAUGCCACGGAGCGAGAGAGGGACCGAGACAGGGAACGAGAAAAAGACGGUGUCGGUACCAGUUUGGGAAGCUCUCUGCAGAGACAGCCAAAAGGAGACCCUUCCAACAAAGACAGGUCACCACCCUAUUCCACCUGUAGUACUUCUUCUACUCGUACCAAUUCUUCCACCUCCUCUACUGCUACUCCAGCUUCUACCUCUGUCCACAACAGUCUGACCGCAAACAGCCACUCCACCCACCACCAGUACUGCUGCCCCGCGCGGCUCCUUCUGCCCAAGCCGCCCUGCGCCCUCCCCCCUGCCCGGCACCCGGAGCAGGCAAGAGAGGAUGAGGACGAUGACAUCGCCCAUCAGUUCUGUUGCCCCGCCUCUGAGUGCAGUAGCCCCUCCUCUAGGUAACCAGCAGACUUGUUGGCCCCACCCCUGACAACAUCCCCCAGUUUUGCCCUGCCCACUUCAACAAGACUGUAUGGGGUGAACUGAACUUGUCAAUCUUGUCAAUCACCUGGAUGCUAGACUUGAACCAAGUGCGUCUGAAUCUGCAGCCUAAAUGCAGAUGGUCUUAAUUUAACUGAAACCGAUGAAACAAAAUACAAAAAUAUCCUUUGCACUAGCAUGUCAUCUGCAUCCUCCCACCUCUUGAAAUGGACAAAUAUCCUGUAUGUGACUGAAACAAGCGAAAGAGAAUGAAACCCAUAGCUGUACAGUAGUAAUAAGGGGACAAAAUGGAGAAGAUCUGAAGUGGAAGAUCAACCCAAAGAGGUGAAGGAUUAAGCGAUGGAAGAAAACCGAACCGAUGGUCCCCUUUUCUCCACCUCCGUCUUUCCCCCGGUUCUCCCAUUGUUGCAAUAUCAGCUUCUCUUUGUUUUCUGCUUUUGUCUUUCCUCCAUGUGUUCUCUGGCCUAUGUAGCUCGUCUGCCUGUGUAACUUUAGUACAGUCUGUGAUGUGUUGUGUUUGUUCCCACAUUUAGUGUCAAAAGAAAGGAUAUGUGUUUUUUCCCUCCUCGGUAUCAUCCUCCGUUUCCCCACAGUGAGAAAAAAGAUGCUUGUCUGUCGGCCCAACUGUCAAAGUUAGCUAACAGAAUUAAGGAUUUACAAUACUUUUACAUAUAUAUCAGACCCAGCAUGACAGCAGGCCUCUCUAAAGCCAUAUUUGAAUGUGAAGCUUCACCGACCACCAUUUGUCAGUUCUUUUUGAUUAGCUUUCUUGACAUUUUGUGUCUCUUUGUACUGUUGUUUACUGGCAGUUCUUUAUCAUCUUAACAAUCCAAAGGCAAACCAGUCUGCGUCAUCCCACUUCUACCAACUCAGACUAAAGUUUGUGACUCUGUACAUACAUGUAAAUGUCAAUGUCACGUAACGCAGUGCAGGACACUUUGGACAAUGUUGAGGGAGAAAAAGGCGUGGUUAGCAUGUUAGCCUAGCCGUGUAGGUCAAAAACAACAACAGGGUUUAAGCGGUGCUUCAUAGGCUACUCAAAGUUUUUCAACCUCUGGCCUAAUUCAAUGAAUGAAUCCUCCAAAAUAACACUGAUUUAUCCAGGUAUAGUAGUGAGAUAUUAUUAUAGUGAACUUCUUACUGUACCUCAGGUAUUAAAGAUACAACGUAAACAAAACGUUUGGCACUAUUGUAGAUCACAUCGCUGUGGUGGUUCCAGUAGCUAGAUGUGCACAGAGUUUGACAUUCUGUCCGAGAUUUUUUUUGGACUAAUUAUUCUAAAACGUUAGUGUUUUGUUUGUAAUAUGUAAUUGAACUGACAAUAUCCCGAACAGUCAUACGCACAUAAAUGAAUUGCUUAAGAAAACUAACUAUUACUUUAGCAUUUAUGAUUUCAAUAAGAUAAGGUAUUCCUUGCCUGAUAAGUUAGAAUUUCAACUGAAAAGGAAGCUUGAGGUCAGAUGAAAAAUGAAUGUAAAAAGGUGAUGGAAAUCAUUGCAUGAACCAAAUAUCUUUCAUGGGAGGUUUUGCAACAGGACUGAGAAAUGCAAGAAAACAUUAGCAAAAUGUGUGACUAUGAAAUGCCCCCGUAUUUGUGACAGGAUUAUGACAAUGACAUUGUUGCCACUUGCUCAGAGACUCAAUUGCAUAAACUUAUAAUAAGAAAUAAAAAAAUACAGUUUCUCGAACUCUAAUGCAUGUUCUAAAAAGUCAUUGCUCUUUUUAAACUCUUUCAUGGUUGUGACUGAUAUUGUUUUAAUUAUUAUUAUUAUUAUUAUUAUUGUGGAAGCUUAAUUGUUUUCACUUUAUGUUGUACCAGCUUUUUGGAUGUCUUUGUGAGCCGUUAAAUAUGGAAAGAAUGGAGUUUGAAGGGGAAGGCUCAUAAUUCACUGGUUAUUCCAGAGAUUUGGAGUCUCUCCUUCAGUCAUUGUUAACAGCA